AUGUUCGGGUCUACCUUUCCGGAAAACGUUGAAAGGCAAGACGCCGCUGGCCUGUGGCCUGGAGUUGGACCAAAGACGCAUGCUAUCAGCAGGACACUUCUAACCGCUGUGCUAACUCAGCAUUUUGAUAUCAUUCCAACUCACUGCGAUUACGACUAUACGUCAUACAGUCAGCCGAUGAUGCCGACGCCCUAUUAUGCACCAGCGCCACUCAACCCACCUCCUCCUGUGGGACUUCUUACAGUCACUUGCUCAUAG